UGUUGUCAUGUCACACAGUGUCAAUCGGUUUAUUUGCUGCCAGUUGCUGCUGAUAAUGUCAUUUUUGUCAUCACGAAUAACAAGAACAAUCAUCUUAUUUUUAUAAUUUUUAGUACAUGUGAACUUGUGUGUGUAGUUAAAAACAGUAAAUUUACGAAUGGAACCAAAUUGGUGAUAAAUGAGUGCUUGCGCUAAACGUACCGUGUUUGUUGGAUUUAAUAUUUUAUGUGGAUUCUAGUGCAUUUGCGCACAUAUGACAUACUGUUUAAUACGGAUUAAUAUUUCAGAUAGAAGAUGGAGUGGGUUCUACGAAGUCCGCAGAUACACAGUACAUUUGGCAGUCUUGGAUAUGCACAAGCCGAUGGAUAUCACGUGAACGAGAAUUGCAAUGCUGCAUUGGAAACUAUUCUGCACAAUAUAUUAACCGAAGACAAAUAUUUACGUACAUAUCGCCGAAGUAUUAGUUUUGGACAAAACAUUAAAAAAGAUCUUAUACCUCUUCUAAUUUACGCUAAAGAAGACAAAACAAUUGAAUUACUAACUCAAGUAUUAGUAAAUUUAACAAUACCAAUAGAAUGUUUACUUUCCGUGGAUAUGAUAUCGAGAACAGAUUUUGGGAGACUCACGGUAUUUGAAAUAAAUAAUUUACUAGUUACAACUAAAGUUGCUUUCACUGAUCACCGGGCAACUAAAGUAAUAAUAGAUUUUUUAAAGAAAAACAUGGAUGUUGACCAAAAAGCAAGAUUGACACCUGAACAGUGUACGAACAUAAGUAAUUCUUUGUUAUUACUGAGAAAUAUUUUGCACAUACCGGAGGAAAACAGUGGUCAGAGUCCAAAUUAUAAUGGUCCAAGCCGCACAAUCCAGAACCAAAUUAUUUGGAAUAUAUUUAGUCAAGGCAUUGACAAGAUUUUGAUCAAGUUGAUGAUAAUUCCGGAUGCGACUAAUUGGGGUGUAACUAUGGUUCAAUUGAUCGCAUUGCUAUAUAAAGAUCAACAUGUGGUUACGUUACAUAAACUUCUUAAUAUGUGGCUCGAGGCGUCUCUAUCCGAAAGUUCAGAGGAUAAUGAGAGUAACACUUCUCCUCCAGAUAGAGGCAGUGAAGAUUCAUCACCGAUGUUGACGUCAGAUCCUACAUCCGACUCUUCCGAUACCGGCGGAAGUGGAAAAAGCAAUGAUGAGCCAAAUGGAAAUUCUGGUAGCGAUGAUUGGAAUGGCUCUUCAGUGACGAACAACAACAACAAUGAAAACGCAAACGAGCCAUUUAAACCACCUAACUCUAAACAGCACAAUGCAAACUCUUUUAAAAAAAAUAACCGUGAAAAAUCUGUUAAUAAUAACCCUGAGAAUGAAGCCAUGAAUUGUGAUUCCGGUAAUCAAUCUGAACAGAACAAAAGCAGUGAUCAAGGGUCUUCUUGUAACAAAGAAAAGAAAACCAUUAUAUCUGAAAAUUCUGAUUGUGGAUAUGGAACACAGAUAGAGAACCAAGAGUCUAUUUCAACAUCCAGUAAUGAAGACGAGUUGCCAACCAAGAAACCCGUUCAUCAGAAGCCCCAUAACUCAAAGCAAAGAAUAAACAAUAAGGGGCGAACUGGAAUAACGUUACAAGAACGAAAGAGAAAGAAAAUAGUAAAAAGAGGAAAGGCAAACGUUAUGAAUGUGCAAGGCCUGUUGCAUAAGACUCCAACUGAUGACGAUAUAUCUAACAUAUUGAAAGAAUUUACUGUAGAUUUCCUUUUGAAGGGAUAUAAUUCCUUGGUUCAGACUCUCCACACUCAAAUUCUUACAAACUUGCAGUUGGAAAUCGAUACUUCGCAUUUUUUCUGGCUUGUGACGUAUUUUCUUAAAUUUGCGACUCAAAUUGAGUUGGACUUGGAACACGUUUGCUCUGUGCUUUCGUUUGAUAUAGUGACGUAUUUGACUGCGGAAGGCGUUAAUCUGUGUGAGCAGUUUGAACUGGCUAUCAAAUUGGACGGGAAUGAUCUGAAGCCUAGCAUACGGAGAUUGCACUUGGUUGUAACUGCUAUCCGGGAGUUUGUACAAGCCAUUGAAGUAUACAAGAAGUUCACACACAUGUGUAAGGAUGAUCAAGAUGCUCUUAUUCAAUUGCAAAUUAAAAUGUGUGAAACUGAAGAGCUUCGUUCUUUAUUGGUUCUACUACUACGACAUUAUAAUCCCAAGUAUCAUACAAAACAAUACCUACAGGACAUCGUGGUAACAAAUCAUAUCUUAUUAACAUUUAUAGAUAAUGUUAUGAAGUUGCCAGAGUACAAUGGAUCCACUAACAUGCCCGAUCAUAUUAAACAAUUUGCCACCACAGAAGUAAUGCAUCAAUAUGGUUUGCUGCUAGAAGAUUACACAGCUAAUGGUGAAUUUGUGAAUGAUUGCAUUUUCACAAUAAUGCACCAUGUCGGCGGAGAACUAGAAAGUCUAAUUACUCUUUUUCAACCAAAGAUAUUAAAAACGUUUACCUCUAUCUGGAAAUCAGAAUUUGAAAUAUGUGAUGACUGGUCUGAUCUCAUAGAGUACAUUAUAAAUACGUUCUUGAAGAAACCUCAUACGUUACAAAGUGUUUCCAAUUUCCGCUUGGAUACGGAGAACUUUGACGAUGACAAAAUUUUUGUAAAGCCUCUGGCGCCUACAAACGCCAACAAAAAUGAAACCACCGAAGCUGAUGCUAAGAAGAAAACGAACGGUGGGAAUAAUGAUUCGUCGAAAGACAGAUGGACUGAUGAUGAGUUGUCAUCUUUGAAUUGGAAUUAUAUGCAAUGCAGUGCAUUCUCCGAUGCUAUCGGAGAGCUUGUCAAGAUGUUCAAAGAAGAUGGAGUAGUCAAGACGAGAGAAUCCAUUAUCAAAGAAUUGUUAAAGCAGAACUUGAUAGACAAAGAAGAAUUUGACAAACUUACUAAAGGAGAAAAUGAAAGAAGUGCUAAAACGUUACAAAUGAACAAAGAAUUAAGAGAAGAUGAAAUAACUAAACUUUGUGAACAGCUGACACAAGAAGGAAAUCUAAAAUUCCUAGAAUGGGUCCAGAAAGUCUUACUGGAGACUUGUUUCGCUAAGAUUUAUGUUGAGAAAAGGUCAAAGAUAUGCCGAAAAGAUAAUACUACGAAAAUGGAUUUCAUAUUGCAGACUAUUAAGAAAAAGUUUGACGAUUUGCCUGUUAUAUCUCCUGUUUCAUAUCAUUCAUUGUUGCUCAAUCAGUCUGUGCCACUAGUUCCGUGGAAUUGUGAGCAAGCAUCGAUUUCUAAAGAUCUGAAGUUUUUACAGUUGCUGCAUAAGCUUGGUUUUAACAUGCCCGUCGAUUCCGGGAAGGUUUUUAUUCGUAUACCUCAUUUCUGGUCUGCUGAUAUUCUGUAUGAGAUUGCGAGUAAAAUUUUGUAUGUCGACCAAAGUAAAUUAAAGUUUUCAAUCAAUGAUAUAGCAAAUAGCAGUGACGUGCAAAAGUUGCAGCCAAACAGUCAAAUGAUGAUGGCUAAAGAACUCACGAAAGAUGUCACCAUGAUUGUAACAAGCGAAAGCGUCUACCAGAUACACAAACAAAAACAAUUUGCUGCCAUGGUUAAUUUCACUCCAAUGCCCGGUUCGUCCUUCAACACGGAAGCAAACGAUAAUAUGAACAAAUCAAAUUGGUUUGAACUUGUACAAAAGUCACAAGAGUACAAAUUAAAUUUAAACCUUGACGAGAGCAUACUGAAGGACGCGGACGAAGGCGGCUCGGACGUGGUGAUGGCGGAGGCGGCGGCGCCGGCGCCCGCGCCCGCUCUGCUGGCGCCCGCGCUGCCGCUGCCGUCGCCCGCGCUGCCCGCCGCGCUGGCCGUCAAGCAGGACUUCGCCGCGAGCGUGGCAGACACCGAGUUCUAUAACAACAGCGUGUGUGAGACGGCUUCAGUGGCCUCUGACCUAACCAGAAUGUACGUGUCAGAUGAAGACGAAAAGCCAGAAGUGUUGAUACGCCCGAUCAUAAAUGUGAAGCCUAAACCUGCAGACGACUCCAGCGACACAGAAAUCAGGAGUCCCGGUAAACGGCCACGAAUUAAAUAUUCACCACCAUUAUAAAUGUGCGUGCCACUUUAGAAUAUACUAAAACAAUAUAAACAAUGGCUACGUAUUACGUAAUAUAUUUUAUAAUAAAAAUCGAUGUAAGUAUGUGUUUAAAGUAAGCAUUUUAUACCAACUCGUUUAGUUGAGAUCUUAUCGCUGAGGUCCUGUCACUUACACAAAUUAUACUAAGGCGCAAAAUUAGUAUGAUUUAUGUUGAAUCAAAAAAUAAAAUGUAAUGUAUAAAGUACUGGAUAACCUGAACCAGAGUUGAAUUUUGUAUUCAAAGUAUUUUCCAAGCAUAAAAAACUUUCAUAAUGAGGAUCUUAUUAUAAAGCAAGAAUAUAGCUUAGCCAGAAAAACUAAUAUCAUCAGACAAUAUUAAUACAGGGUACCCAGUGAUAGAUACAUUAAUUAAUUAUUAAAAUAUGGUCAAGAAUAAAUGAUAUUUUCUUAUACAGGCUGUAUGGCCAUCGCAAUUAUUAUGAUAGGAGGAGGACUAUUCAUGUUAAUAUAUUUUUGAUAAGACUCGAUAUUUUAUCGAUCGAAUUACCACGUCGCGUGACGGUUGAAAUAUGGUCAAUACAUAGAGCGUUAGGGAAAAUCGCCGACUUGAUCUCAUUUAUAUCCAUAGUUUCUGAGGUAAUAAUCUAAUAAUAACUAGAACAAGCCAUAAAACAAAUACAAUGAAUUAUAUUUAUAAAAGAAAGACGUCGCUCAAUAUUCUCUAUACAACGCACGUUUUUUAUUACCACAACUAUAAUUUUUAGUCUUUUAUAAACCCGUAGCGUGUAAAGUCUUCAUAAUUUAUGCUUCAUAUCAUCAGUAUUUUAAUCUAUUAUACUUAAAAAAUAUGAACUUACUAUUUUCUUGAUUAGAAAUCAAUUAUGGCCUAAUUAUGCCUUGGUUUCACAUUUUCAUAAAAUGACCUGCGAAUUAAUGUUCUUUUCCUUUAAAAUUUAUGUAACUUGAUAUUUUGUGAUAUCCAUAAGCAACGAAACGACGAGAGAUAAGCACUGUGAAGAGUGCUGCUGGCUUAAUAUUAUUAAUUGUAUUUUUUUCUGAUUAAUGCAAUAAAAUUCCAUUUUCAUAUUUGAUUUUAAGGUUAUUUAUAACUGGAUUGUUUCUUUAAACUUCUCACGAAGUACAUACCCACCGUCGUUAUAAUAUGUCUCGGCAAAGACCAUAAAAAAUUACCUAUCGCAGGCGAAAGGUAGAUAUAGUGAUUGCUUGAAUAGUUCCCAUAUUAUAUAAGUUAGGUUUAAUGCAUAAAAUUAAGUACCUAUAUAAGUCUUAAGUUUCAAAAUUAUACAAUUUAUUUUAAAUGUUACAUUUUUAUGUGUUUUUUUUAUAUUAUUCGUUUAUUGUACUGCUGUUAUUAAUUUUAUUCCAAUUUAAAUCAGCUCCAUACUCUGUAAUGAUAAAAACAACAAAAGUUCUGCAAAAAGCAAAAAAGGAAACCUAAAAGUAACCUAUGAAAGUAAUAGAUAAAAACUACAAAAUUUAUAGUGUGGAAGUGGUGCACUUCGUUUUUAAAUGUCUCUUGAGAAUAUCUUUUAUUAGUUGUAUUUGAAAUAAGUAAAUGUUUAUUUGGAGUAUCUAGUUAAGGUGUGAUAAUCAAAAAAAUAUAAUUAUGUGUAUGUUGGAAAUAAAUAGAUUUUAUAAACAA